AUGCCUUCAUUCUUCCAAUCCGUCUCUAAAGCGCCCCGCGGUUCUAGCUCCGUCCGCGCGCACUCCCUCCCGUUGCGCGCGACAACUCCCCUUCCGCCGCCCACGCUCUCUCCCUCCCGCCACGUUCUCUCGCUUCCCUCCUGUCGCGACAGUCCCCUCCGUCGCCCACGCUCACUCCUCCCCACCACGCACGCUCUCCCCCCAUCCAUCGCCCACGCUCACUGCCCGUACUCCGCACACGCUCACUUCCCUCCGUCGCCCAGGCUCACCCCCUGCCCCUCGCCUUCUCUCAUUCCCCUCCGUCGCCUAUGCUCCAUCCCCAUCCCUUCCCUCCCCAUCCCUCAUCUCCCCAUCCCUUCCCUCCCUAUCCCUCAUCUCCCCAUCCCUUCCCUCCCCAUCCCUCAUCUCCCCAUCCCGUCCCUCCCCAUCCCUCACCUCCCCAUCCCCGCCUCCCCAUCCCUUCCCUCUCCAUCCCUUCCCUCCCCAUCCCUCACCUCCCAGUCUCUCAACUUACCGUCCCUCUUCUCCCCAUCCCUCUUCUCCCCAUCCCUCUUCUCCCCAUCCCUUCCCUCUCCAUCCCUCACCUCACCAUUCCGAAUGUUGGUUGUUGGUAGUACUACUACUAGAAGGCGGCGGGGCGGGAAACCAGGGCGUCGGCGCGAGGGAGGGGAAUGGGCAUGGGCGACGGAGGAAGGAAGCGAGGGCGAAGAAGAGGGGACGCUCGACGAAGACGUCAGCGGCGGGAAUGAGAACAAUGUUGACGCAGCGACAGGUGGGAGAGGAGAGGUCGACUCGGCGAGCGAUGGGGAGGGAAAACGAGGGCGACGGGAGGGGGAAAGCGAGGGCGACGGGAGGGGGAAAGCGAGGCCGACGGAAGGGGGAAAGCGAGGUCGACGGGAGGGGGAAAGCGAGGUGGACGGGAGGGGGAAAGCGAGGUCGACGGGAGGGGGAAAGCGAGGUCGACGGGAGGGGGAGGCGGUGAUGGCGACCCGCGAGGCGAGGGUGGUAGGCGGGGAAGAUGCGGUACGCGACGGGCGGGGGAAGCGAGGGCGGCGGGUAUGGGAAGCGAGGGCAACGGGAGGGGAGAAGCGAGGGCGGGCGGAGGAAGCAAAGGCGACGGGCAGGGAGGAGGCGAGGCGACGGGCGGGGAGGAGGUGGUGCGCGGGAAGAGCGAGGGCGACGGGCGGGGGAAGCGAGCGCGGCGGAGCGAUGAAGGCGGCGAAGCGGGGAGCGAAGGCGCCUCGUGCUGGUGGCGGGCGGGGGGAUCUCAGCGGCCCGCAGAUGCCACCCACCGUCAUCUCUGACUCGCGGUUCGCCGCGCUCCACUCCGACCCGCGCUUCGCG